AUGGAAGUUGGAGUUUACCGCUUGUCGUUUCUAUUUGUGGUUUCUAGCGCUUCUGUCUCACCUGCCAUAAAAAAGCCCAGACAGUAUGGAGAGACAAAAGCAUGUGAAGUAAUUGCUGCCUGGAAUCAUUUGAAUCGCUCUUGUUUAACGUGUAAUGGAGUUGUCCUAGUUCCGGCUUUUAGAGGACCAAACAACCGGGAAUAUGUUUCUUACUCAUACGUACCUACACGCUUUAAUGUGUCGAAGGAUUCCAACUGUUUGUUCGGAGCUUUGAGAAAAACAUGGUAUUGA